AACAUACUUUGGCGUAGACGUCGUGAUGACCUCAGUGCACGCGCGCGGAGGGAGGGAGGAGCCGCGCGCGCUUCCACACUGUCUGUGAUCCUGAGAGAGAGAAGCGGCGUCCUCAAAACUUUUCCCUGACGGAUAAUUCAUGACAUAAAUCAGCAUAAUUGUGAAGGGAUUCCUGGAGUCACGCCAUGUUCAAGGCCGUGCUAAAGAAGAGCAGAGAUGGAGGAAAAAACAAGAAGGAUGCAGGAGAGCCGUACCUGCUCAGUGCCCAGCGGAGGUGUCCUGGCGGAGGGAUGCAGGAUCCCGGCGGUGUUCAUCCACACUUGCCCACAGACGAAGGCCUCAAACUCAGCCUGGCUAAAGGCGUCUCCAUGUCUCUCCCCUCGUCCCCUCUCCUGCCCCGACAGACCUACGUGAUGGCAGCUCGCCCGUGCAAGAAGUCUCCAGGACCCGUGAGAAAGCCCAAGUAUGUGGAGAGUCCUCGUCUUCCUGGAGAUGCGGUCAUGUCGUCGCUGAGGAAGGUGCCGGACAAUACGACCGAGCUGGCCGGUCCAGGCCCCUCCCCCGCCACUCAGGAGUUGAUGACACGCUUGGGGUUCUUGCUGGGCGAAGGCAUCCCGGGCUCCACGCGCAUACCUAUGGACGACAAGAAUGAAAAAAAGUGUCCAGUAAAUCAGAGUAUCAGUCCAUGUUCUACUCUGACCAGCAGCACAGCGUCUCCAUGUACAGACAGCCCCUGUUCCACCUUAAACGGUAACAGCAGCCGGCCGCCGGUCGCCCACCGCAGCCCGUGUGGAACCAUCACCAGCCCCAGCUCCACCCUCGAGAGCAAAGACAGCGGCAUCAUUGCCACCAUCACCAGCUCAUCAGAGAAUGACGACCGCAGCGGCUCCAGUCUGGAGUGGGGUAAGGAGGGCAGUAUAAGGAGCAGCGGUCAGCAUGUGCUGGCACAGACGGCCACACGGGCAGACACGUGCUCUCCUGUGGCCGAGGAAGAAGCGUCAACGUCCGGGACAGAGGUACGGAUCGUCUCCGCGUCUAAGAAGACUUCUGAGGGACCCAUCCACUAUUCCACACAAAACUCGUCCAGUCUGAUGAUGCCUCGGCCCAACUCAGUCGCAGCAACAAGCUCCACUAAGCUGGAGGAUCUGAGCUAUCUUGAUGAACAGCGAAACACCCCCCUGCGCACGUCCAUCCGCCUGCCCUGGCACAACACCGGGGGCAGAGCUCCGCACGACAAAGCUCGCUUUGCUCCGUACAAGCCCACUGACAUCAUGCUCAAGCCACUGCUGUUUGAGGUUCCCAGCAUCACCACUGACUCUGUGUUCGUGGGCCGCGAUUGGCUGUUCCAGCAGCUCGAGGAUGACCUGAGGCCCAGCGAAUCAGGCGAGAGCUCCGGUUCCAUCCUCGUGGGCAACGUGGGCUUCGGCAAAACCGCCAUCAUCUCCCGUCUGGUGGCCCUCAGCUGCCAUGGCGGCCGCAUGCGACAGAUCGCAUCCAACAGCCCAAGCGCAUCUCCCAAAAGUGGGGAGCCGAGUUCAGAUCUGCCUCUGAGUCAACCGCCUCAGCCGACCCCUCCGCCCAGCGCCACCAACACCCUGCGUUCCAGCAGCUGUCCCAGCACUCCUGAGCUGCAGCGGUGCCGCGAGGAGGCCGUCAAACGUCUGGCUGCCAAGGUGGUGGCGUAUCAUUACUGCCAGGCUGAUAACACAUACACGUGUCUGGUUCCUGAGUUUGUGCACAGUGUGGCCGCUCUCCUGUGCAGAGCGCAUCAGCUCACCGCAUACAGAGAGCUGCUGCUGAAAGAACCGCACCUACAGAGCAUGCUCAGUCUGCGCUCUUGUGUGCAAGACCCCAUCGGUGCCUUCCGCAGGGGGAUUCUGCAACCGCUCAUCAACCUACGCAAAGAGAGGAAGAUUCCAGAGGAAGAUUGCAUCAUCUUGAUUGACGGGCUGAAUGAGGCGGAGUUUCACAAGCCAGACUAUGGCGACACUGUCGCCUCCUUCAUCACCAAGAUCAUCUCCAAGUUCCCCAACUGGCUGAAACUGAUCGUCACCGUGAGAACAAGCCUUGUGGAGAUCACCAGUCUGCUUCCCUUCUCCAAGAUCAGCCUGGACGAAUUCCCGGACAACAAGGAGAUCGGGACGGACCUGAACGCCUACAUACAGUACCGCAUCAAUGGCAGCCAGAACAUACUCAACAACAUCUCCCUCAACGGCAAGGCCGACCCCAUCAUCGUUGGCAAAGUCAGCUCCCACCUCACCUCCCGCAGCCAGGGGUCGUACCUGUACCUCAAACUGACCCUUGACCUCUUCGAGAAGGGUCAUCUGGUCAUCAAGAGCGCCAGCUACAAGGUGGUGCCCGUCUCUCUGUCGGAGCUCUACCUGCUGCAGUGUAACAUGAAGUUCAUGACCAACUCUGCGUUCGAGCGCGCUGUGCCCGUUCUCAACGUGGCGCUGGCCUCUCUUCACCCCAUGACGGACGAGCAGCUGUUUCAGGCACUGAAUGCGGGCAGCGAGCGAGGAGAGCUGCUGUGGGACGACUUCCAGCAGAGGAUGGACACCCUCUCGUGUUUCCUCAUCAAGCGCAGGGAUAAGACGCGGAUGUUCUGCCAUCCGUCCUUCAGAGAGUGGCUGGUGUGGCGAGCGGAUGGAGAGAGUUCGGACUUCCUGUGUGACCCCAGGAGUGGACAUGCACUGAUGGCCUUCAUGUUGUCGAGGCAGGAGGGGAAGUUAAACAGGCAGCAGACUAUGGAGCUGGGCCACCACAUCCUGAAAGCUCACAUCUUCAAGGGUCUGAGCAAGAAGACCGGCGUGUCAUCCAGUGUUCUUCAGGCCUUAUGGAUCAGCUGUAGUACUGACGGUCUGUCUGCUGCUUUGGCCUCCCUGAGGAACCUCUACACACCCAAUGUCAAGGUGAGCCGUCUGCUGAUGCUGGGUGGAGCGAAUGUCAACUAUCGUACGGAGGUCUUGAACAACGCCCCGGUCCUUUGUGUCCAGUCUCACCUGGGCCAUCAGGAAAUGGCCGCCCUGCUGCUGGAGUUUGGAGCGAACGUGGACGUGGUUUCAGAGAACGGCAUGAGCUCUUUGUGUUACUCAGCGGCCGCUGGUCAUCUGGGGCUGGUCAGCCUUCUCUGUAAGAGAGGAGCCAAGGUGGAUCACGUGGACAAGAGCGGUCAGUGUGCGCUGGUGCAUGCAGCCCUGCGGGGUCAUUCAGAGGUCAUUGAGUGUCUGCUGGAGCUGAACUGGAGCAGUGAGGGUCAACAGGACCUGAGCCUGAAGAACAAAGUCCUGCAGCAGGGGCUCAUAGCGGCCUGCAGUAUGGGACACAUUCAUGUGCUGGAAGGCUUGUUGAUGUUGAAUAAUGAACUGGAGGUGCAGAUUGAUGCCCAUGACACACUGUGGGGCGAAACAGCUCUGACUGCGGCUGCAGGACGGGGGAAGAUGGAGGUGUGUGACUUCCUGUUGGAGCGGGGGGCGCAGGUUCAGCAGGUGAACAGGAGAGGAGCGUGUGCGCUGUUCUGCGCGGUUCGACAGGGACACUGGCAGAUUGCAGAUCUGUUGCUGCAGCAUGGGGCGGAUGUGAACGUAAGUGACAAACAGGGCCGCACACUGCUGAUGGUGGCCGCAUGUGAGGGGCAUCUCAGCACGGCUGACUUCCUGUUGUCUAAAGGUGCCUCUUUAGCGUCGGUGGAUAAGGAAGGGUUAACUCCCCUCAGCUGGGCAUGUUUAAAAGGACACAAGAACGUUGUUCAGUUUUUGGUGGAAAAGGGUGCAGUUAUCGACCACUCAGACAAGAAUGGACGCACACCGCUGGACCUGGCUGCCUUCUACGGAGACGCUGACAUUGUUCAUUAUCUGGUUGAGAAGGGUGCUGUGAUCGAGCAUGUGGACUACAGUGGCAUGAGGCCGUUGGAUCGAGCCAUCGGCUGCAGAAACACCUCCGUUGUGCUGACCUUACUGAAGAAAGGAGCCAAACUAGGCUACAGAACGUCGCCUUAUGAUCGAACAGGUAACGCAGCCUGGGCGAUGGCGACCUCAAAACCCGACAUCCUCAUCAUCCUCCUGCAGAAGCUCAUGGAGGAAGGAAACCUGCUGUAUAAGAGAGGGAAGAUGAAGGAAGCGGCUCAGCGGUAUCAGUACGCACUGAGGAAGUUUCCCAGAGAGGGUUUCGGUGAUGAACUGAAGGCCUUUAAGGAACUGCGUGUGUCUUUGUACCUCAAUCUCUCCCGCUGUCGACGGAAAACCAAUGACUUUGGCAUGGCUGAGGAGUUUGCCACAAAGGCUUUGGAGCUCAAACCCAAAUCGUACGAGGCAUACUACGCAAGAGCCAGAGCCAAACGCAGCAGCAGACAGUUCACCGCAGCGUUAGCUGACCUGCACGAGGCCACGAAGCUCUGCCCGAACAACCGCGAGAUCGGCCGUCUGCUGGCUCGCGUCGAGGACGAGUGUAAGCAGAUGCAGCGCAGCCAGAGCAAACACCAGGGGCUGUCCAACACGCCGGAAGACCAGGAGCACGCCGAUCGAGAGGAGGAGGAUGUGACGGAGCGCGUCGACGAGGACGAGGACGAGGACGAGGAUGACGACUCUGAGGCCUGGUCUCAAAACAUCUACUCGCUAAACAGGACUUCUAACGGCCGCUCGGUUUCACCGCCUCACAAACAAAGCCUCCGACAUCAGCACAGGGAGUCUGCGGCUCAAAAGAGCCUCGUUUUGCAGCCGAGCAAACAGGCGCAGAUUGUCAAAACCAACCAGCACCUCGGAUCGAUACAGGUGGGUUCUGCUCGGCCAACAAACACAAAAAGCCAGUCGCAGUACGCUCCCUCUAGCCCGAUCCCGAGCCGGCACAUUUCCAGCGUGCUGAAGGCCGGACCGGGCAUCGACAUCAGCCCGUUACUGCCCGCCAACGAUGAUGCAGGACGCCACGAAAUUGAGGAUCUUCAUCACGUCCAAGUGCACUCAUCUCUGGACGGGACGGUCCUCUCCGUGACCUCCGGAGCUCAAGGUCAGGAGCUCAGAAAAGACACCAGCAUGAGGGUUUCCAGCUCCACCAGCAGCCUGGCGUCCAGCAGCAGUUUAUCAGACAGCGGGAAAGCACAAGGCCCGGACGUGCGCACCAAGGACAAACCUAAAAUCAGCCAGACGGGCUCUGUGGAAUAUAAACCUCGACCGUUCAUGGGAAUCAUGGACAAAACGGCUCGAUUUCAGCAGCAGCAGCAGCAGCAGCAGCAGCCGGCGCCUCGAGGAUGGCAGAGUCACUCCAGUGAAGGUCUCGUAGCUUCUGCAGGUCUGACGGGUGAGAUCAUGUACGCCAAACCGUCCGGCUCUUAUUAUGAGCAGCUCAAGGGUCCUGCGAUGGGCGGCCUGCACAACGGGAGUCUGCAUGCUAAAGAGUUCUGCCAUAAAGAGCCCAAACCGGUCCUGGCCAUGGCACAUUCGUUCACAGACAGUAUGCAGAAGCAGCCCGCUUUAGCUCGAGAAAACACCUCCAUUCAUGUAGCGUCAAUGAAACCAAAGAGAUCCUUUAUAGAGUCUAAUGUUUAGAGCGUUCAUAUGCAACAACCCCGCCAAAACACACUUCAGAUGUGUGUGUAUAUAUAUAUAUAUAUAGUACCGGUCAAAAGUUCAUGUUUUUAAAAGAAGUCUCUUCUGCUCAUCAAGCCUAAAUUUAUUUGAUCAAAAAUACUGAAAAAAACUGUAA